AUGCGCGACACAUUAUCAUCGGGCCGGGGCCAAUCGGGUAUCUCCCGCGGCAUCGCGAAACUUCCGAGAAUCGUGCAAAUGACUGAAGACGAAAAACGGAAUUUCUUCACCCUUGCAUCUUCACGGGGUCCAGGCAAGCGACAAAUUAAACCAAAUGCUAAUAUUUUGCUCGAUACCAUUCCACUUACCGACAGUGAUGAAGAUGAUGAUUUCAUUGCUGGAAGAACUGGUGAUGAGUCGUCGCCUAAUUCGGAUUUAUCAAGCAGCGAGGGCGAUGAAGAGAAAGAUGAAAAUGACGAUAAUGCACAAACUUCAAAUUCGAGUGAGUCGGACUUCGGACCUGAAAAACACGAGAAUGAGGAUGCGAAAUCAGAAUUCAGUGUUACAGGUGCAAAUGGUUACAAUAUUCAGCCAGGUCAGUUGAUCUGCACGUUGUGUCUAAAUCAGCGUGCCGUUGUGCGCAAUGAUGAAGUCAUUCAGUGCGAUAAGUGUGGAGUGGCAGUGCAUGAGAAUUGUUACAUUACCGAAAAUGUGGGAGAUUCCGAGAGCGACGGUUCCAGUUCAUCAACCGAACCAUGGUUUUGUGAAGCAUGUUUGUAUGGUCUCAAAGAACCGCCAUAUUGUGAGCUGUGCCCAAAUAGAUUUGGUGCUUUCAAAAAAGCUG